AUGAGCGGUGUUUGCCAGGAACGUUACAUACAUCAACAACAAACAAACACUUUUCUUUCUCAACAACCACUAUCCACAUCGACGACCACCCGCAACCGCGACCAACAACCCCACCUUCCGCAACCACCGCCGUUCAACGUUCUGAACCACCAUCGCACACGUCGACAACAACGACAACAUGGCAACGCCACGUCAGCAGCCCAACGGCUGACGGCGACCUGGCACGUCAAUGGACGUGCCACGUCGUCAGACGGUGACGACGCAAUCGUCGUCACUGCCCACAUUAGUUCAAGUGCCAUUGUGAUCCCUCCCCCGNACCCUUUCCUUUCUUCACACAACAAAACAGGUGCCACGUCAGUGACGUUGACACCGACAACGACCGAACCACACUUUAAUCACCGCCACCUUCCCCAACCAUGGUUCGACGCCCCAAACCACCACUACACAUGCCAACAACAACAACAACGAGGCGACGCCACAUCACCAGCCAAAUGGAUGACAGGUGACGGUGACGACCUGGCAUGUCAACGAGUGCCCAACACCAUGAAAAGUGACGAAUGCCCAGCACCACCACUCGAGCCCAGGUGCUACGUCGCUGUUAGCAACGUGGCAACCAAACGACGAACAACGGCCAAUUCGUCGUUCAUUGUUGUCAUCCAUCUUAUGACCCACCGUGGACGGUGGAACGACCGACACAACGACAUCUGA